GUAGACUCAUCCCUCAUUCCCUCACCUGCAGUUCACCUGCUCACACCUGCAGCUCAUCUCCUGCUCAUCUGCUCUAACCAUGUAUCUCCUCCUGCUCAUCCUCUGCGUCCUGGAGCUGCUCUCUCUCUCCUGUCAGGAAGACGUUCAGGGCCGGAUUAUAGGAGGUUACGCUCCGGCGCCGUAUGCCAUCAAAUACAUCGUCUCCAUCCAGAACAUCGUAGGGCAGCACUUCUGUGGAGGAACUCUGAUCAAUAAGUACUGGGUUCUGACUGCAGCUCACUGUAAUAUCGGUGCUGGAAACAUGAGGAUCGUAGCUGGAGAUUAUUCUCUCAGUGUUUAUGAGGGAACAGAACAAUACAGAACCCCCAGCGCCCUCAUCCCCCACCCACAAUUCAACCAGAACACCAACAACGCCGACAUCAUGCUGAUAAAGCUUCAGUCUCCGGUGAUUGUGAACAGCUACGUCACCACCGCCCCCCUGCCCCGCCAGAACGCCUCCAUCUCAGAGGGGCGAGUGUGCAGCGUGUCCGGGUGGGGGUUCACCACGCCCUCCGGAGGAAUCCCAACCACUCUCAGAACCGUCGCACUUCCUAUAGUGUCUGAAUCCUGGUGUAACAGCACUGACUCGUACAACGGAAACAUUACAGAGCUGAUGAUCUGUGCUGGAUACACCGACGGAGGAAAAGACGCCUGCAGCGGGGACUCUGGAGGACCGCUGGUCUGUGAGGGGCGGGUCUACGGGAUCGUUUCCUGGGGCACCGGCUGUGCGGACGCUCAGUAUCCCGGCGUCUACACCUCCGUCGCCAAGUUCCGCAAGUGGAUAGACGAAACCGUGUUCGGCUUUUAUGGAAACUGUCGCAAAACUUUAUAGACUUUAAAUCUCCUCUAACUGCAUCACUUCUACCCCCCCCCACCAUCACUCUGUACCCUAAACUACCCUUAACCUGAGAAAAACACGCCAAACUUCACUAUUACUCCUCUUAUUAACUCUAAACUUAUUAUUAUUUUCAAAAUGCUAAAUAUAACUUAUGAUAAGUAACGUAAGAAUAUCUCUCUUUUCUCUUUACUCUGAGUGAUGUGCGUUUUUAAUACGUUUAUUUUAUGUUUAAAUAUUUUUGUUGUAUUUGUUUGUCUUUUGUUAAAAUGUGCCAUGUUUUUUUUUUGUUUAGCAAAAUUGCUCAAUAAAAUUAAAUAAUUAUUAAUUCAAUAACGUUUAAUAGGUUACAUGAAGAUCUUUAUAACUAUAAAUCCUGUUAUACACUGAACACAACAAGACGAAAAUUCACACUGGAGAAAAUUUCAUUUUUCUGGAAUUUAGAAUUCGAGCUGUUCAUCUUUAAAAAACACAAAAGGACUCAGAACGUGUUUGAGACUGAAUUAAAUGUAAAACGAGGUUUUUAUUUUAUAUUUUAUUUUUAUAAAGUGAAACUGUGUCUCUAAAAAAACAGCUGCAAUCAAUAAACAAAAUCACUCCUGAAGUAAAAUUUUCACAAUAAAACUAAAUAAAAACUAAACAAUAAAAA